AGUGUAAAGAAUCGAUCAUUAUGUUUCGUCCCGUAUUUCAAGUCAUUUUCUGAAUAAUUUGUGUUAUGGAAGUCUUGAUUUGUGUUAUGUAACGUGUCAGCUAUAGUCAUAUAUUAAAAAUGCUGACUCCGCGAUUCAAAUUGAGUCAAGAUGAGAACCAUGUCUGCAUCACUGUACAUGCACCAUACACCAAUGUUGGUGAGACCGAAAUCGAUAUAGAUGGUGAAAAUUUUCUUUUUGUGUCUAGUCCAUAUUUCCUGCGGCUGCGCCUCCCUGGAAGAAUAGUCGAGAAUGACAAGUCUAAAGGGUCCUAUACGUGUGAUACCGGUGACUUUAACUUAACCUUUGACAAAGAGAUUCCUGGAGAACAUUUCCAUAAUUUGGAUAUGAUAACCAGUCUUUUAGCACCGCGGGACAUUCCUGAUGUUAAUCCAAAUUUAGUAGAAAUGUUAGAAGAGGAUGGCAUUACUGUAGGUGAUGAUGGCAAGGACGGUGAUAAUGACGAAAGCUGCAACAAAUUUUCUUAUGGCUUUGCAAAUAAAAUCUCCAAUGAGUUUCAGGACAUUGGCAGUGAGUUCCCACAGAUCUUUGAACUCAGAGUCCCAGAGAAGGUUGCAGUAAAUGAAAGAAAUAAAUUACGAAUUGAGCAUGAAGAUCAUAAAUUUUCAACAGAUCAUUAUUUAGCUGAUUUUUACGACGACGAGCUCAUAUCUCCUUAUUUAACAUCUAAGCCUAACUGGGACAGCCCAGAUUUUAACAAGGAUGUUGACUUCACUGAUGAGGAAGUCUGUUUGUUAAAAGAAUUGCCAAAUAAACAUUAUAUUCUAAGUAAAAGUGAACACACACAAGUAUUGCUUGGUCUUGUUGACAUUUUGUAUGGUUAUUGUUAUGAUAAAAGAACAACAUUGAAUGAGAGUACGGUUGAAUCCAGCUGGACAAUAAACAAACUGUCGUCAACACUUAGUUGGUUCUGCGUUUUUAAAGAUGUGAAACAAACGCUUCUAGCUUGUUACCGAAGAGCUUUAAUAUAUCCAAUAUUUAGAAAUUUUGAACUUUGCAAUAAAGUGAAGGAAGAUCUAGUCUCUUUGUUCCGGAAAGGGAAGAAAUUUGUAAUCAAAUGCGUUAUUGACAUUCACCAAAUGUUUAAUACUAGUAAUGACGCCCGUUACAUCUUAAAUCAAUUAUACAUAAAAGAUUAUUUAGUAUUUCUACAAAAAUGCAGGAGUGAGGAAUUGGACCAAUUGUAUAAUAAUAUUGCAAAUAUGGAAAUUACAAAGAGAGAUUUAGAUUUAGAGUUGGACGAAUUAGAAGCAGCUGCUGAGAUGGUCCAGCAAGAGGAAGCAGAAAUAAUGGAGAACGAAAUGGCUGUAAAAAUGGCCUCUAUGUCAUUACUCCCAGGGUUAAGAAAACCAAAUGGCCCAUAUUUUGAUGAGAGUGAUGAUGAAAGUGAUUCAACAGAUUCAAGCAGUGAUUCGUCUGAUGAUUCCUCGGAUUUGGAUUCUGAUGAUGAUCCAUCCUGACAGCAUGAGGAUAUUUCCUAGUUAAGUGGGCAAGGCUUGUGAAUUGCAAAACUGAUUUAAUGUGAAUUUACUUGGAAGUGCUCACAGCCUUGCCGAGUCUUUUCAGUGUUUGAUCGUGAUAUUAAACGUUGAUCAGAACUACAUUAUUAAUAAGAAUGUAAUGCUGUUGUGAAUUAUAAGGCUAGUUCAAUAAAAAUACAGGUAUACUGCUGCACUUGCUUCAACAUGUAUGAUGUAAUGUAGUGUAGAGUUUGACAAGGAGGUUUGUACAUUCACUGUGUUGCAAAAUUGUAAAUACAUUUUUUUUGUAAUCUUUUUUACUGACUGUUGACUUAUUUGAUAUAACAUCUACAUUGGUGCCAUUAUUUUGGGCCCUUAAUGUAACUUAUCGCUAAUGUUACAUUUGUGAGGUACCUUUACCACAAAUUUCAGUGUUGCAACCAUGUAAAAUAAGUAUAUAGCAAGUUGUACAGCAUUUAGAGGUUAUUAUUAUUAUGAUUAUUAACAUGGUACCUUGUUUACUAUUUGUACAGCGGCAUGUGAACAGAUUGCACAACAGAAUACAUGUGUGCAGCUUGCAAGCUUUUCACAAACAGGUGCAUUUGCCAGAUCUGUGUACAAGCUAAUGGAUAAUUAAUUCAGUGUGAGUUUAUGGGUAAUUUUAAUAACCAGUCUUAAUAUCUACAUAGGGCGCACUGUGAGUUUCCGGAACUGGCCACUUACACAAACAAUAUUUAAAAAGUAAUUACAACAUUUGAAAUUGGAACUUUGGCUGUAGAA